AUGAGGCUCUUCAGCACAAUGACGCUGGCCCUGGCCUGGAUCGUCUCCGCCCUCGCCGAGCCCAAGGUCACCUUCAUCAACCAAGACAACAAGCACCGCACCAUCGUCUUCACCCCCAGCGUCCCCCACAAGGAAAUCAAGCCCCUCCGCGUCCCCGCCCACCAAGAGGUCACCCAGCCCUUCCCCCACGGCUGGAUCGGCAACUGGUGGUCCGUCACCGAUGGCAAACCUUGGAUCCCCGGCAUGCUGGGCGAGGUCACCUUCAACGGCUACAUGGGCCUGACCUUCUUUGACGUCUCCGCCAUCGCCAACGACCGCGACACCAGCGGCGUCAAGAUGAUGUGGCCCAGGAAGUCGGCCAGCGUCACCUCGGGCUGCGACGUCUUCUCCUGCGGGAACGAGUACACCUACCCCGACGAGGUGCAGACCAAGGCCACCGACGAGGACCACCUCAUGUGCAGUCUGGGUGACGGUGUCAGCCCUGUCUACCCUCGUGGUGCGAAAAAGUGGAAGAAGGAGGCGCGGAGGCAGGGGGAGGAGGAGAAGGUCGUCGUAGUCAAGCCCUCCUCUAAGCCCAAGCCUUCCGCGGUCCCCACCACCCCAGCCAAGGAGCAAGAACAACAGGGCUUCAGCAGCGGCGGUGAAAACACCUACAACGGCGACAACGACAACCUUUACCGAUACCGCCGCCACCGCUAUUACCGCCCCGGCAACCUCGGCGAGUAG